GACACAAGUAAAAGUGGGACAAAAAACAACAACAAUACCAAAUAAGUUCACAUAGACAAAUACAGAUUGGAAAAAUUGAAUUUAUGAAAUUUUGACCUUUUAUUAAACAAGAGCUUCAACAAAUUGGUGGUUUGUCAUCUAAGCUUGGAACUCCAAAAUCAGUCUAUGCAUUUUAUUUCAGGCCAUAAAAAACCUGUGAAGUAAGAGUAGGAAGAGAAAAGGAGGUGGUGCUCGGGGCUGAACAGUGAGAGAUUAGUCAGCAGGGCAGGAAUGACAAUAAAAGACAGGGGGGGAAGAGAGAGAGACAGAGAGAGAGACAGAGAGAGAGAGAGAGAGAGAGGGGGAGAAAGAAAGGGGUAGGUCUUCCUUCCUAGUUUUUUUUGCCUUCACAUGCUACACAGUCUGAGUAAGUAAAGGUAAAGGUCAACUGUGUGUUUGUUAGGGUUAGGUUUUUGUUUUCCAAAAUAUGACCAAGAGGUGUGCAUCUUCUCAAAAUCAUAGAAGUGUUACAGAUUAUGGACCAAAAAUGUCCCAAAAUGAGAGUCAAUCCAAUCCUGAUGGGAAAGUGCAGGAUGAAGACAAAAAGAAGGUUGGACUUGGGAAGAAAGUUUCUUUGCUCCGAGGGAUGUCCAUCAUCAUUGGAACCAUUAUAGGUGCUGGAAUCUUCAUUUCUCCAAAGGGCAUCCUCAUGCACUCCGGCAGUAUAGGAAUGUCUCUAAUCGUUUGGAUUGGAUGUGGUGUGGUGUCUCUCUUUGGAGCCCUGUCCUAUGCUGAGCUGGGGACAUGUAUUAAGAAGUCUGGUGGACAUUACACAUAUAUAAUGGAAAUCUUUGGACCUCAGAUGGCUUUCCUAAGGCUGUGGGUUGAUCUCAUUGCAAUACGACCGGCUGGGAUGGCAGUCAUUUCUCUGGCCUUUGGACAGUACAUCCUGGAGCCUCUGUUCAUGCCCUGUCCUAUUCCUCCUGUAGCUGUCAAACUGGCUACUGCCAUCGGCUUAACUACUGUCAUGUCCCUGAACAGCACGAGUGUGACCUGGUCAGCCAGGAUUCAGAUCUUCCUUACCAUCAGCAAGCUGCUCGCCAUUGCCAUCAUCAUAGUACCUGGGCUGUACCAGCUCUUUAGAGGGAAUACCAGAAACUUUGACAAUGCCUUUGAGUUCAGUAAUAUGAAGCUGCAGGGUAUGCCACUGGCAUUCUACUCUGGGAUGUAUGCAUAUGCUGGAUGGUUCUAUCUGAAUUUUGUGACAGAGGAACUAGAAAAACCUGAGAGGACUUUGCCAUUAGCUAUAUGUUUGUCCAUGUUGAUUGUGACCUGCUGUUAUGUGCUCACCAAUGUGGCAUAUUACACAGUGAUGUCAGCAGAAGAGAUCCUGACCACGGAUGCUGUUGCUGUGGUGUUUGCAGAGAAGUUGAUGGGGAAGUUUUCCAUGGCUGUUCCUGUGUUUGUGGCCUUGUCUUGCUUUGGUUCCAUGAAUGGCUGCAUAUUUGCCUUGUCAAGAAUGUUCCUCGUGGCAUCGCGGGAAGGACAACUGCCUGAGGUUUUGUCAAUGAUCCAUGUUCGCAGAAACACUCCCCUGCCUGCUGUUUUCAUACUGUACCCUAUGACCAUGUUCCAGCUGUUUGUGGGAGACAUCUACAGCCUGCUGAACUUUAUGAGCUUCCUGCGAUGGCUCUUCAUUGGUGUGGUGGUGCUGGGUUUAAUCUACCUCCGAUACAAGAAACCAAACCUGCCCCGCCCCUUUAAGGUCCCGCUCUUCAUUCCAGUGGUAUUCUGCCUGGCAAGUUUCUUCAUGGUCUUUCUGUCUCUGUACUCGGACCCUGUUAAUACAGGGAUUGGAUUUGCCAUUUCCCUCACUGGCAUCCCAGCAUACUUCAUCUUCAUCUACUUCAAUGACAGACCAAAGUGGCUUCAGCGGUCUUUAGAUUCCUUCAACAGAACACUACAAGUCAUCCUGGAGGUUGUCCCUGCUGAGCAGUAACAACACUCAAACACUGUAUGAAUAGUUUGGGACUAAGAGUCAAUUCUGUCAUUUCUGAAUGUGAUUUUAUUGAUAAUGCAAUUUAUUAACAGAAUCCAGAAAUAGAUGUAAAGAAAAGUAGAACAUAUAUUUAGUGUCCUAAUUUUUUUUCAAACUGUGAUUAUUUUAUAACACAAUCUGAUGACCAUGUUCUUCUCGAUAACCCAUAUUUACUGUAUUCACUGCACAUGACACACAAAGUGUCUGAUCUCAAGGAGUUUGAUUAAAUGUUAUGAGACUGACCAGGUUUGUUUAAUGUCACCACUGUUCCCCUGAUGUACACACAGUUCACUGUCAGUGUUAAAUGGCAAACACUGUGAAAUGAAGAUGCUUUAUGCUUUUGUGUUACAGUGUACAGAUUGUGUAAGUAGUUACUCCAUUAAACACUACAGAUUUUUUUACCCUUAAUGUAACUGCUUCAAAAUUAUGGAGCUAGAACAGUGACAGUAAACUGUUAAGAUAAAACUCAAACAUUAAAAAAUUACAAUCACAA